AUGCAGGCUCUUCUAGUUGCCCGUGGCGCAGCACAACAGCAUCUUAAGGAUGUCCUUGAGUCCACCGCAGCCAUUGCCUUCAUGGGCACCCCGCAUAUCGGAUCAGCCAAAGCGGAUUGGGCUACGCCUUUAACACGCCUCUCCAACGUCCUUCGGAAGACGAACAGCGAGAUUGUGCAGGUGCUCAAGCCUGGGUCGGAGAUGCUGGCAAACCUACAACAAGAGUUCCACACGCUGCUGGAUGAUCGGAGCAGGAAUCAGAAGAAGACAAUGGACAUGUUCUGCUUCUUUGAAGAACUGCCUGUAGUAGGGGUUGGCAAGAUAGUACCCGACCAUUCUGCAAUACUCAGUGCGUGUCCGAACCGCAGCAUACGCGCAAACCACAUGCAGAUGACGAAGUUCAGUGGCGCUAACGAUGCGGGCUACGUUGCUGUCAGUGAUCAGUUGUGGUUAUGGGUCGAUGCUCUACAGAAGGAGGCCGAAGCUGCAGCUAAAGCAGCUUCGGUGUCGCCAGUGUCGGUAGAAGAGAUACGAGAAAGGCGCAACAGAAGGCUUGGUACGAUGCAAGAUGUUGUUAGCGGGUCACAACACUUCGCGUCAGUGAACUCCGGCGGCGGACCAGUUUUCCAGGGCAAUCAGAGCGCUGGACGGGAUUUUAACGUUGGCAUGAGCUCACGCUGA